GCUCUGAGCUCCCAGCUUUGAUUCCGACUGCUGCAAACAGAAAGUUUCCUGGAAGCCGGACUGCGGUCCCAAGCAGAGAAGCUGAAAUCGGGUCCUGAGCGCUGAUCCCGGCUACAGCUCCAUCCCCGUAGCACUUCAGCACCGCACAGGCUUUUUUUUAUUUUAUUUUUCACACGUUCUUGCCUUCUGUUUUUGCUGGAAGCUCCAUCGCUAUUGAGAGGCAAAUUUUUGCCAUCUGGCAAGGCAGCCUGGAGAGGAACAAGAGAGAGAGUAAAAAAACAACACACAAUGUGCAUGAGCACACACACACAAAACUCUGGAGACUGGAGAAGACAAAAAGGAGAGGAGAGGAGAGGAGAGGAGAGGAGAGGAGAGGAGAGGAGAGGAGAGGAGAGGAGAGGAGAGGAGAGGUUCAAUGCAGGCAGGUCCGUGUGUGCGUGCAGGGAUGUGGGGAACGGUUGCAGGCAGAGGAAGGCGUGACCUGCAUGGAAAAUGCCAGACAACCCCAGACACACACACAUAGACGCGCACACGCUCGCAAGCCUCCGGACAGCGAUAAGGCGGACAGCGGAGCGCGGGGAAGCAGCAGUCCCCGCCGCCCAGCCCGCAGCGGGGGCUCUCCUCUCCCAGCGGCAGGAUGAGGUACCCCCUGGCCUGGUCCGUGUUUGCCUGGCUGCUCGGAGCGGUGGGUGCAGUUGAGCUGACUGAAAUGUUUGGAGAGAUCCGCUCUCCAAACUUCCCCGAUUCCUAUCCCAGUGACUCAGAAGUGACGUGGAACAUCUCCGUGCCUGAGGGAUUUAAAAUCAAGCUGUACUUCAUGCAUUUUGACUUGGAGUCAUCCUACCUCUGUGAAUACGAUUACGUGAAGAUUGAAGCAGAGGACCAGGAGCUGGCAACCUUCUGUGGCAGGGAGACAACAGACACCGAGCAGGCUCCCGGGCAGCAAGUCAUCCUGUCCCCAGGGCCCUAUAUGGGGCUCACCUUCAGGUCCGACUUCUCCAACGAGGAGCGCUUCACUGGAUUCGACGCGCAUUACACGGCCGUGGAUGUGGAUGAGUGCCUGGAGAAAAGUGACGAGGAGCUGGCGUGUGACCACUACUGCCACAACUACAUCGGCGGGUACUACUGCUCCUGUCGCUUCGGAUACAUCCUGCACUCCGACAACAGGACCUGCAAAGUGGAGUGCAGUGACAACCUGUACACCCAGAGGAGUGGAGUGGUCACCAGUGCUGACUUCCCCAGUCCCUACCCCAAGAGCUCAGACUGCCUGUACCGUAUUGAGCUAGAGGAUGGCUUCUUCAUCACCCUCAGCUUUGAGGAUAGCUUUGAUGUGGAAGACCACCCCGAGGUGACCUGUCCCUAUGACUACAUCAAGAUCAAAGCUGGCCAGAGGGAGUUUGGCCCUUUCUGUGGAGAAAAGUCCCCAGGACGCAUUGAAACCCAAACCAACAGUGUGCAGAUCCUCUUCCACAGUGACAACUCAGGGGAGAACAGGGGCUGGAAGUUGUCGUAUACAGCAAUUGGAAACCCGUGUCCACUGGUGCAACCCCCAAUCAAUGGGAAAAUCGAGCCUUCCCAAGCCAAGUACACCUUCAAAGACCAGGUCGUCAUCAGCUGCAACACUGGCUACAAAGUGCUGAAGGAUAACCUGGAAAGUGACUCCUUCCAGAUCGAGUGUCUGAAGGAUGGGACAUGGAGCAACAAGAUCCCCAUCUGCAAAAUUGCUGACUGCCAAGCGCCGCCAGAGCUGGAGCACGGCUUUGUCACCUUCCUCUCCAGGAACAACCUCACCACGUACCGUGCAGCCAUCCAGUACCACUGCCAGCACCCCUACUACCACAUGGCCCCCAACAGCACCGCCACAUACACGUGUGAUGCAUCGGGGGUUUGGAGGAGCGAGGAGCUGGGCACCGCACUGCCAUCCUGCCGACCAGUGUGUGGCCGGCCAGCCCGUGCUCUGCCCGGGAUCAUCAAGCGCAUCAUCGGGGGGCGAAAUGCAGAGCCUGGCUUCUUUCCCUGGCAGGCCCUGAUAGUGGUGGAGGACAUGUCCCGAGUGCCCAACGACAAGUGGUUCGGCAGCGGGGCCCUGCUCUCAGACUCCUGGGUGCUGACAGCCGCUCACGUGCUGCGCUCCCAGAGGCGGGACAAGACUGUCAUUCCCGUCUCCAAGGAGCACGUCACUGUGUACCUGGCCCUUCAUGAUGUGAGGAACAAGUUGGAGGCUGUCAACAGGACAGUAGAGAGGAUCAUCCUCCACGAGGAUUUUGACAUCCAGAACUACAAUCAUGACAUUGCUCUCGUCAAGCUGAAGGAAAAGGUGACCAUGGGGAAUUACGUCAUGCCCAUCUGCCUGCCCCAGUUUGAGCAUGAGCUAGAAGGACCUCACCCCAAUACACUGGGGCUGGUGGCUGGCUGGGGAAUCUCCAAUCCCAACAUCACUGUGGAUGAGAUCAUCAGCUCAGGCAUGAGGACACUAUCCGACAUCCUGCAAUACGUCAAGCUCCCAGUGGUGCUGCAUGCAGAGUGCAAGACCAGCUACGAGUCCCGCUCGGGGAACUACAGCGUGACCGAGAACAUGUUCUGUGCUGGAUACUAUGAAGGUGGGAAGGACACUUGUUUGGGAGACAGCGGAGGAGCCUUUGUCAUUCAGGACCCAGGAACCAGGAGAUGGGUGGCCCAAGGGCUGGUCUCGUGGGGUGGUCCAGAGGAGUGCGGCAGCAAACAAGUGUAUGGUGUGUACACCAAAGUCUCCAACUAUGUGGACUGGGUGGAGAAGAACACAGGCUCCUCAGAGAGGUGGACAUUUCUGGACCCUGAUCUGGAGAGAUGAGUGACUAAGCACUGCCUGCUGACACAGCUUUCUUUGUUUGUUGUCCUUUAAUAUGCUCCAGACUCCGGUCUUUCGCAAGCAGUAGCCAUGAUGCUCAACCGCACUUCGGCUGGACUUUGCCAGCCAACCACAUCAUUCCUUUCACUUGGUCCCAAAUCCCUUUGCUUUCACUCUGAGGAAAUGCUUGCUAGGGAGCUGGGGAAAGGGAUUAAAGGGUGAGAUCUCAUCUAGCAUUGCUAGCUCAUGUUGCCAGGCUUGGUGUUUAACCUCUUCAAUGCAGACUUGGGUAGUCUUGUGUGGCAAAGCAUUCGUUCUUGCAAAACCCAAGUCCCUUUUAGUUGUACUUCAGACCAUUCUUCUGGCUGAUUUACAGGUUACUGAAGGUUUCCAUGUUUUGUUCAUGGCUCUUCUGGCCUAUUGCAGGUGUCCAAGACUCACCCCAAUCCAUCCAACACUCCAUAAAGUUUCACAUCUCCCCUACCAUGACACACACAGACAAUAAUCCCCACCAAGGAACAAAUUCAGGUGAGCUUAGCUUCCUUAGGCAGAGACAUCACCUCCUUCACUUGCCAGCAAAGCCCUCCUAUAGCUGGAAGCAACAUGCAGCAAUUGCCUGCUGUCCCCUCUGAGUGCUUUUAGCCUCCUUUGGACUUCUCCUCCUCCUCCUUCGGUUUUGCAUGCAAGGAAUGAGUCAAAAUUGAACCAACCACCCUGCCAUUUUGUUACCAUCCAAAAAGCCAUUCGUAGUGUAGGUAGAGGAGCAGAAGGCCUAAGGAAGAUCUAACUUGCAGACAUGCUAAGAACUGUACUCUUGGCUAUGUCAUAUAACAUAAGGUAUUUUUAUAUAUAUAUUUCUUUUUGAUACUACAUUCUGCAGAAUAUCUGAUUACAUGUAAGGAUGGUUCUGUGUAAUCUUCAUCCUGAGAAUAAAAUUAAAUGUUAAUAUUUACUGAGUUCAUGCCCUGAGGCUUUUAUUCCAGGCAGGAAAUGGUCAAGGAGUGAAGGCAAAGGAUGGUCACAAAUCUGUCCCAUGCACUUCUGCUCCUUCUCCAUGGCAUCUGCUCUGUGUCCAUGUCAGACCUUAUCAACGACCUCAGCUCCACACAGUUCAACUCUACAUUGCACACAAUCUUCCCAUGGCCAAGACAGAAUACAGAAAAUGAAGGAGAUGAGAUCCAGUGGUGGUUAUUGCUGGAGAAUCAACCCUGAUGAAUGGACUACAUACUCCCAACAAGCAAUGCAAGCAAGUCCUGUCUGCAUUUUAGGGAUAAGCUAUGCAGCUCUGGGUCUCACAUUGUCUAGUGUCAUCCUGCCCACCCAUGUAUAGCAGUGCUACAAAUUACCAGCUUGCUUAAGUGGAUGAAUCUCCAGAGCCUUCAUUCAGGUACAAAAGGCAGUCAUGCAGUCACUGGGAACACACAGAUUGCAGGCAGUUGGAAAUGGUCUCCAGUGACUGCCAAGUGCAGAGAAGCCCACUGAUGCC